CUUGUUUAUUCAUGGCUAGGAAGCUGUAGGAGGGAGGAAGGGAGACGGGCAGUACCAGCUGUCUGCCGCCCUGGAGGUUAAACUUUAGGGCCAAAGGACAGCACAAUCGGGGAAAGCUUGAUGUCAUGAGACGCGCCAUUAGAUAAUCUAGGGCGUGUGACGAGAGCUCAGGUUUGUAUAAAGCAGUCUGUGAUCCAGGAAGGUUUCCCUUUCCCAUUAUUCACGCAUCAGAUAGGAUUGAAGAAGGCUAAUCUACCACCUUUAACGAAAGAAUUUACGGAUUUCACGAUUUACGGAUGACCCGUGCUUUUUUUGCCCUCCUCCAUCCUUGUUAGUAUAAAACAAACCUUUUGUUCAUUCCCGAACAAACCAAACCAGAACAACCCUGCACAACCAAACUGGGUGAAAUGGGUGAGCCAUCGCAAGCACAGGUGAAUGGCAUCAUUGUCGGCCUGACCAUCGGCGGUUCCAUCUUUCUCAUCUUCGUUCUUACCCUGUUUCACUACUACUCCAGACGCAUGCACCGGCCGAAGGAGUCACCGAUGGGGAGCGAGUACAUGAGUGAGGCUUGACGGACGAACGUAACGAACGGCAAUCGGGAGGUGCGUAAAAGUGUGAGAGGAAGGAUUAUAAUUAAUUGAUCGGAUUGUAUAAGCGGGUUUUUUGUUUUUGUUUUUGUUUGCAUUUUUAUUUUUUGGGCUUUACACGAAUGGGAGGGAAGGAGGGAGAAAAUCACUGGCGGACACACCAAAGUCGAGUCUAUUUACGGACCUGGUAUCAUACCUUACCACAUUUCCUUACUUUGUCAUGUACCAUUAUACUGUGCAAUUGCCACAUCUAUCCAAAGUACCUAUCAACGCUAUACACCUGUACAGUACAGUACUUCUACACGCACAUAAACAAACAAUCAUAACCCCGAACCUUCCCUAGAAAA